AUGCCUUUAGACGGCCACUCUUACUUGGUCGCUCAAGGCUGGUCAGGAAAAGGAAACGGCCUUAGGAAAGGCGCUAUCGCAAAGCCAAUAGCAGUCAGUCAGAAGAAAACCCUCGCUGGCUUAGGCAAAGACCGGGAUGAAGCUUUUCCGUUCUGGGAUCAGUAUGUUUGGUCAAAUUCUACGACUCUGACCCUUCAUUUUUCUGAUGUGAAGAAAAGCCUUUUCUCAGCUGCAUCUCAGGCAAUAACUGUCAAGAUAGACGACUCGGAUGUGUCUGACUCCGAUGAAAUUACCCCCAGUGUUGCACCAGUUUUACGGCGAACGACGACAGGGAUUCUAUCAAAUCGUCGGCCUGUCAAUGUGACGCCGGCUUCGACUUCUGGAACUUCAACGCCGGAUUCAACCUCCUCCGACACACCUCGUUUGAGCCUUAUUGCAGUGGCCAAACGUGAAGCAGCCAAGCGAAACCUUUAUUCUAGAUUUUAUAGAGGAGCUGUACUCGCUCCUGCGGUCGAUAUCCAGACAAUCGCUGAUCCUGCUGGUUCCACUUCCUCUGUUACUCUACCGUCGCCGGGAAGCUUGUCGAGUAGAGCCAAGUCAAAGGCGCAAGCCAACGAGGAAGAGACGUAUGUCGGUGAAAAGAAUGAGAAACAAAAGAAGAAGAAACGCAAAGCGGAGGAGCUGGAGAAAGAGGAGGGAAAUGUAGACAAGGUUGAGAGUAAAGCUGAGAGGCGGGAGAGAAAACGGAGAAAGAAGGAGGCAAAGGAGAUGAAGCUUGAGGUCAAAAUGGCGAAGCAAGAAGCCAGUGGGGUCUUACUGAAGGAGUCGAAGAAAAAGAAGAACAAAGAGGACACAAAAACUUCUGCAGAUGCUUACGACGACUUUUCCUCAAGAGUUGCGUCAACUGGAUCAGAUAAGGUCCUGGAGAAAGAGGAAAAGGCACAGAAAAAGAAAAAGAAAAAGAAGGAAAGGAGGGUCCAUGAUACUGAGCAGGUCAAAUCAAGAAAAGAAAAGAAUCAGGCCUAG